UGUACAAUUCGUCGUCUACCUGACAUAAAGGCGUAGCUACACUCUGCAAUGAGCCCUGUCUACCAUACAAUUCAAUGCUUUUUCGGGCUCACCUCAAUGUGUAGUUACGCUCUUAUGUCAGCCAAGCGACGAAUUAUUAGUAAAACUAGAAAAACUCCAAUUGCAGCGCGUGACAUAGCAAGCUCGAAAAUAGCACACACAGUUCGUUGCCGUUAUUCUUAGUCAAUCUGCGAUCUGUGAGUCGAGAGGAGUACUAGUUGUGUUUGUUGGGACCGUAGGCAGCUAGUGGUAAAUGUUAUUGAGUAUCCUGCAGAAUUUUGUCCAAAAUAUUAAAUUUAUUCCUCAUAUUGCCUCACUUAGUUUGUUCGUCUGACCCGAUACCGUCGGAUCUGGAUCCAAUCACUCUAGAUUCGUACAGUUGUGACAAUCAUUGCAACUCCUUGUGGGGCAGGGUACCCCUGUUCAACAUCCCAUGGACACGCGGGAGGCGCGACAAAGACGAUUGUGUCUGCGGUUUCAACGGCAUAGGCUUGGAUCAAUUUAUGACCUACCAAUGCGUUCAGCAGUCUAUUUGGAUGCCGUUCAGGAGCAAGCGAAAAGUAGCCGCAAGAGGAAUUCAGGCGCAAGUUGGCCGGAUGGAUGCACGGCAACGAUUCGAAGUUUUCAAAGCGGUCAACAACAGAAGGUACGCCUCGCGCGAGGAGGAAACGAGGCGAUUCCAGAUCUUCCAGCAGAACUUGGCCACGAUCGACACGCUCAUGGCUCAGCCGCAAGGGUCUGUCACUUUCGGCGUCAACGCAUUUUCGGACUAUACAAGCGAGGAGUUCAACGCACUCAUUGGGGUGGUUAAGAUAAACCCAAGAGGACCCGAAAGCAGCACCAGUCUGAGGCCGCGGAUGCUUGGGGGUUGGACAGGUUCCGGAUCCACGAGCCGUUCUGGUAGGAGGAAGAAGAACGAAAGGAGUCGCUCUACGUCACCGCGCAGGGUGGAGCGCCACCCUAGCUUCGAGGACCGGAGCGGUUCUCUGCCCCCCUCGUGGAGACCGGCCCCCUACGAGACUUUGCACUACUACGGCCGCGAACCUGAGGGCCCCAUCGUCAAGGAUUGGCGUGUUCCUGCUCACCUGUAUCCACCGGUUGAAUCUCAAACCGCACAUGGAAGAGAAUGCGGCGCAUGUUGGGCUUUCACGACAGCUGCUGUUGUUGAGAUCCUCAUGGCUAGAACACAAGGAAGGGUCACAAUGCUCUCAAAACAAGCUCUAGUCGAUUGCGUCCCUGAAAACCAUGGCUGCGAAAGUGGGGACAUCGAGGACGCGCUGUGGUACGUGCAAGGAACCGGGGUGCCCAAAGCGGACGAUUAUCCUUAUCUGGCGAGGACCGGCGUUUGUAGAAACACUGUACAACCUUACGCGAGGAUUGUUCAAUUUGCACCAGUGCGGAGCAACAGUUUGGAGGCUCAUCUAGAGCGCAGUCCACUCACAACACUCAUGUUCUUUCCUCCGAUACUCCAACACUACGUCUCUGGAGUAUUCGAUUCACCCUACUGCGGCAUCAACAGUAUAGAGGAUACAAAUCACGCUGUUGUUAUCGUUGGCCAUUACAGAGAUGCGUGGAUUCUUCGCAAUAGUGCAGGCAGCCAGUGGGGUUUGAACGUAAAAACUUUUUUAAUUAAUAUCUAAAUAUAAUAAUGGAUGAGUUA